UAUAAACCCUAGCUAUUUAAUAACUGCCUCCUCUCGUCGCCGACCUUCAACGAACCUAUUCUCGGCUCUCUUCAUACGGCGGCCUUCUAGGGUUUUCGUUCAUCAACAUUCAACACAAUGGUUCUACCGAACGAUAUCGAUUUGUUGAACCCUCCUGCCGAGCUCGAGAAGAAGAAGCACAAGCUCAAGCGUCUCGUGCAGUCUCCCAACUCUUUCUUCAUGGAUGUCAAGUGCCAAGGCUGCUUCAACAUAACAACUGUGUUCAGUCACUCUCAGACGGUUGUGGUGUGUGGGAACUGCCAGACAGUGUUGUGCCAGCCGACUGGUGGGCGUGCCAGGCUCACUGAGGGAUGCUCUUUCAGGAGAAAGGGUGACUAAUCACAGACCUUUGUCCUAUUUCCAUUUGAAGUUUAAUGGGGAACUGAUAUGCCUAAAUUUUGAGUUAGUUUGUUUUAAGACUCACAUUUCAGAUUUGUGGCGUUUCAAAAUUAUGCAUCUGAAAGAUUAUGUUAUUGAAUGAAAGAUUCAAUUUUUACUAGCACAUGCAUCUGUAGUUA